CGCUGACACCGGCUACACCUGACCGGCUGGCUGGUGGAGAAUUAUCAGUGAAUCGCAUCGUUUCGCCCGGGAGAGCAUGGUUUUCAGCCGACCACGGUCUUGAGGUCAAGGAGACGUGCUUAGUAUGUUGCCUUGGCGCCCAGGGACUUUGGCUUCCCACUUAAAAUGUACGUUUACCUCUGUGAUCAGAGCUCAAGGUGUGUCGGGGCUUUUGCCAUGUUCCUUUGCUCCGUGGUCCUGCACCCCUUUGAGAUUUUUAAUGUUAGGUGCGAGUAGACAGGAUGAUGGCACCAAGAAGAUUUCACCAAGUACUCAGCAAGAGAAAGUUAGCGGAGGUGCGACUGGUACUUUGUUUUCUUUAUUUACUGCAGGGGCUGCCAGAAAAAGAGCCGGGUUAGCAAAAAGAAAAAUUGGUAACAAACUGAUUGAUGUUCCAAAGAUAGUUAACUCAGCAAAAACGCGAGUACCAAUGAAACCUUUGAGUAUUGACGAAUGGAAGAAAAUGAAAGCUGAAAUGAACAACAAAACCCGUUUUGAAGUAAGCAUGAUGGAAAAGCUCCUGUCUAAUCAUGCAAAUAUUGACAUAGCUAAGUCACUUUUAGUUUAUGUGACAAAAGAAACUGGUACAGUUGACUAUGAACUUCUUUUGAAAUAUUUAGCUCUGUGUGUCAAAGGGAAUCAUCUAAAUGAGGUGCUAGAUUUGUAUGGCAUUAUGAAAACAAAAUUUGAGACAUUGGAUACUGGAGCUUACAGCCUCUUCAUCAAUGGUUUUAGCAAGACUGAUCGUUGGAAGGAAGCCAUGAUAUUUUUGGAUUCAAUCAAAAAGAUGAUUAACCCAUCACCAAGAAAUUAUGGUGAUAUUAUUAUUUCUGCACUUCAGCACAAGGAAGUAGAAACUGCUUGGAGUUUACUUAAAGAGAUGGAAGACCUAAACCUAAGACCAAAUGAAGAUACGUUACAGGCAUUUUUUGAUUGUGGUAAAUCACCUUGUGAUGAACGUUAUGAAAAUAUGAUGUUGAAUAUCCUUUCGUAUCUGAGAGACAAUCAGAUAUAUCCUGGAGAAAGUUUAAUGCAGAGUAUCCAGUCAUGGUUUGAGAGUCUUCCAGGUAAGAGAUGGGUAGGACACAAAGCAACUAUUGCACACAGUGGGAAAUGCCAUAUAUGCAACACGUUGCUGGAGACCAUUCAGCUAAAUGAAGACGAGUACAGUGUUUUAAAAGAACAUGUGAUGAAUGAUGUCAUACAAGGAAAAGAUGUUUUUAGGAAGACAACUCCUGCGGAAUUGCAAGAUUUCCAGUCCUUUAUGAAGAAUCGUUUGCCUUUUGAUGUUGUAAUUGAUGGAUUAAAUGUUGCCAACAUCUCAGCUAAGGGUAUCCAGUCCAGAAUUCUCUUUGACGUAGUUUCUCAUCUUGCCCGACAAAACUUGCGUAUCCUUGUCCUUGGGCGUAGGCACAUGUUAAAAGGAACGCGGAGCUGGGACAAAGGCCAUAUGGCUGCCAUACAGAAAUAUGCUGACUGCUUCUUUACCUCAAAUAUAUCAGAAGAUGACCCUUUUCUCUUAUAUGCAACAAUACUUUCAGGCAAUCAUUGUAAGUUCCUUAGUAGAGACCUCAUGAGGGAUCAUAAAGCUUGUAUGCCUGACAAAAACACCCGGCGCCUGUUCUUCAAGUGGCAACGUGGACACCAGCUUGUGCUGUCGGGUUAUAAUCCAGGGCACAAGAUGAAAUUUGAGGUCAUACCAAAUUAUGACACAAUAGUGCAGUCAACAAGAAAUACUUGGCACAUACCAUAUGAAGAAAAAGGAGUGGAGAGAAGCUCCUAUGAAGUUCCACGUAAAUGGUUGUGUCUUCAAAAGUGUAAUUGAGACAGUGGUGGAGAAAUAUAACAGCACCAUGUCAACAUAGUGGCUUACAGUUAUCCUUAGCAAAUCACUCUGGAUGAGUUCAUUCUGGAACAUAAAUAGUUGAUUUAGAGUUUAUUAUUUACUGUUGUAUACACUCAUUAAUCAAAUCAAAUAAAACAAUAUCUC